AUGUCGAGCAUCACACUUCAGUCUUACGCAUCGCGUGCGGCCAAGCAGCCGAACCCGGCGGCGAAAGCGCUACUGGAAUGCAUGGAGCGCAAGCAAACCAACCUCUGCGUCUCGAUCGACGUCACUAACAAGCAAGACCUGCUCGACGUGUGCGAGGCGGUCGGUCGCAACGUUUGCCUUGUAAAGACGCACAUUGAUAUUGUCGAGGAUUUCGACAUGGACCUGGUGCAUCAGCUGACUCAGCUCAGCGAGAAACACGACUUUCUGAUCUUCGAGGAUCGAAAGUUUGCCGAUAUCGGCAACACCGUCAGCUUGCAAUACUCUGCCGGAGUGCACAAGAUCGCCUCGUGGUCGCAUAUCACCAAUGCACACCUUGUUCCUGGUCCAAGCGUGAUUUCUGGUCUCGCCAAAGUCGGCCAACCGCUCGGACGCGGACUCUUGCUGCUGGCAGAGAUGAGCUCGGAAGGCGCUCUCACCAAGGGCGACUACACGCAAGCAUGCGUCGACGAGGCGCACAAGGACACCACCGGAUUCGUGUGCGGCUUCAUCGCCAUGUCGCGCGUCGACGAAAGGGAGCGUGCCAACACGCAUCGCGAUCUGCUCAUCUUGACGCCUGGUGUCGGGCUGGAUGUCAAGGGAGACGGCUUGGGUCAGCAGUACCGUACCCCCGACCAGGUGAUUCGCGAAAGUGGAUGUGACGUCAUCAUUGUCGGCCGCGGAAUCUACGGUGCGUUGACCACCGAGGAGGGUAAGGCGGAUAAGAAGGCGGCGUUUGCCAAAGUCAGCGAGCAAGGCGAGAGGUAUAAAACCGCGGGUUGGGACGCCUAUCUGAAACGUAUUGGUCAGAAGUAG